GAAAGUCUUGGAUUGAGUAAAAUAAAUAAAAAAAAAACAACAGUUGAAGGAAGUAUAGAGCGAGGAUUAAAAAUAGCGCAGGCGAAAUCGACAAGAGUGACUUCUCAACCUCUCCCCUCUUGAGUCGGAGCCCCCUCAUAGAGAUCGGCGGGCCGACGAGGCUGAGGAUUCUCUCCCCCAACCUCACAUCUCCGCCUCCCGAUCUGAUGGGCUCCUCACACUCCUCCUCCUCCUCCUCCCAAGGACGCGCCGCCACCGACGAGGAGGAGGAGGAGGAGGAGGACGACGACAAGCACGUCUCGGCGGCGGCGGAGGCGGAGGCGGAGGCGGAGGGGAGGGCCCUCAACCACCGCGCGAAGGAGAAGGUGCUGGAGCAGGAGCCGGAGAUCCUCCCCUGCCGUGCCGCCGCCUCGCCGCUCUCCCCGCAGCCCUCCGCCGCGAGCACCCCACGCAUGCUGCUGGGUCCCACCAUCAAGGUCUGGGACCCCUGCAACGUCCUCCUGCCGCCCCUGCCCCCUCCCCCUCCCGCCGCCACCGAGGUGCUCCUCAUCAGCCCAGGCGAGUGUGCCGCCGCGCUCCGCCCCGAUCUGGUGGGCGGCCGCUGGCCCGCCGCGGCGCUGACCGCGAGGGGGGAGCGGCAGGCCCGGGCCCUCGCCGUCUUCCUCAAGUCCCAGGCCGUCCGGUUCGCCGCCGUCCACUGCUCUCCUCUCGAUCGGGCCAGGGCUACCGCCGCCUUCGUUUGCAGGGAACUUGAUUUUCCGGAGGAUCAAAUACAAAUGUCAGAUGCUUUGAUCGAGAUGAGUCAGGGCCAGUGGGAAGGGUGCCUUAGAUCUGAAAUUUACACCCCGGAAAUGAUCAAUUUAAUCGAAAAAGCCCAGCCUGAUUUCUCUGCCCCCUCAGGAGAAUCACUUCGGCAGGUAGGGUUUCGUAUUAUUGAGUUCCUCAAUAGAACAGUCAUAAGAUUACCUGAAAAGUUUUCUAUGAGAGAUACAUCAGUGAAUCACAAUGAGGCCAAGAGUUUCUCUCGAAACAGCUCGACUAAUUCAGUUCAAGAACGGGACGGCCCUCACUGGGAUUUGGUUUACCGGCUUAAUAGACCUAGUCUACAAAGGAAAAAAUCAGGAAAGAGUAGGCUUCAGUUUGUGACUUCAGGUGACAAUGAGACCGAAGACGAGUCCUCUCCUAGAGAGGCAUAUAUUGGAAGCCCUAGCAUUACAAUUGGGAUAUUUACUCAUGCAAUACCGAUUAAAUGCCUUCUUGCCAGCCUUUUAGAUUGCAGUCCUACGGUUUCUCACAGAAUUUGUGUAGAUGAUUCUUCUGUUACAGUCCUGGAACACUCGCUGAGAACAGGGUGGCAGAUCAAGAGGUUAAAUGAUACGGCACAUCUUAGGCUUCUUUAGGCAGUUAAAAAGAAGGGAAAAGCCCUUAUUGGACUCACAAGUCAAGGUUUAAAGAUAGCGAGUUUUUGCUAUAUUCUUCUUUGAGUUAUAUUUGUGAUCUGUGUCUGUUUCAGUGAAGAAAUUGUCUGUGCGAUUGGUCAGUUCAGAACCGUCAGCUGAUCUUCAAUUUUUGGGAGUCGGAAAUGGUUGAUUGAUCGCCAUGAAAGGAGAAAGAUUUUUUGUUGGGUACGACGGAAUCAUCUGUUAUUUGUUCUUUUUUUGUUAAUUUAUUUCCUUGUUUGUUGAUUGCAAGCUCACAAAGCAGAGAUCUGAUAAGUGAGUUGUUAUAUUUGUCGGUAUAACUUUCGCUUUGUCUAAAUCUUUAGAUUAGUUGUAAUUUUACAUUCAAUCAUUUGUAGGGCAAUAACAUAUUUCGUGUUGAUUACUUUCGAAUCGUAAAUCUUGGCAAUCGAGAUUGUGCUGCGGUAUUAAAAA